AUGGAAUCAACCGCCAAACCAAGAAAGAGAGCUUGCGACUCUUGUUAUAAACGCAAGAUCCAAUGCGACGGCGAAUCUCCACAAUGCAAUUGGUGCAAACACCACGAUCUUGAAUGCACAUUCGACCGACCAAAACGAGCGGCCAACAAAGUUACCAAAACUCGGAAAGAAGCCAAGGAUAAGGGCCUAUCUCAGCGAAUCGAAAGGCUGGAACAGAUUCUAGCUGAGAAGAGGAAACACGAUUCCAGCGUCUCCAGUUCCUCCGCCGAUGGCGGGUCAGGGGUCACUGAUGCGGCGUCGCCUAGAUCCCUGGGCUCUUCUCCGGCCCGCUUACUUGAUCAGCCGCCCGGUGCCGAUGUUGUAGGAUCUUACGGCAAACUUCAUUUUGCUGGGUAUCAAUUGGGCGAGAUCAGCUCUUACCAUGGUUUGCCAUUGUUCUCCCCCAACGGUCAAAAGUGGAUCGAAUCUCGGACUGGGCAAGUCGGUGUCUUUCCCAAUUUGGGUCUGCCCCUCUGGCAUAAUCCGCAACUUGGCCACGACGCUCUUCUUGUCCCUGCCUCGAACUUUGAUUUACCAGACCGGCAAGUCACAGAGGAAUAUUUUUCGCUCUUCUGUAAUAGUCCUAUUCGCCUCGUCUUCCCCAUUGUCGAGCCGGAGCUCUUCCUGAGAACCAUUAACACCGCUUAUCAACCUCCGCCCAAGAUCCUAUCCAGCGAACAUGCAACAGCGAAAGCUUGCGUCUUCUCGUUCGUUUGUGUCGUCAAUCUUUUUGAGCCACUGCCUGGUGUGCCGCUCCUUGAUAUCGACGCUUGCGCCUUGAAAGCACAAUAUUUACUUCCCCAGGUACUGAUUGACGCAAGUAUCGAAGUCCUCCAAGUUGCUUUGAUGCAGUGUAUAUAUCAUCUGUUUUCCGGCAAGUUUCAAUCGGCCUCGAUGUUUCAUACAAUGGCUUGUCGGAUACUCUUCAUGCUGGGCACCCACACCCAUGGGACUGAUCCCCUCGCCGCAAAACCGGAAGGGGAGACUGACGAAUCAUGGCGUUUAGAGUGUCACUUGCGCAAAUAUUUCUGGAUGCUAUAUUCAUUCGACAAGGACAUAGCGCUUCGGUCUGGCCAACCGCCCGUCAUCCCGGACGACCAUUGCGAUCUUACACUACCGAAAGGAUAUUCAAAAGAUGCACGCGGAUGGUAUAUUGAUACAGCUGGCAAUCCGUAUCUGCCAGGCGACUUGAAACUUGCGAUGAUCAAGUCGAAAGCCGUACAGCGUUUGCAUUCCAUAAAUGCACUCCGGAAGUCUGACGCUGAGCUACUUCGCGAUGUUCGUGAGCUUGACGACGAGUUGGAAGAAUGGCGUCUUUCCCUAGACCCAAGCAUUCGCCCGAAGUUAUCGUAUCGCGCCGAAGAAGGUAAGGUGGACCGCAACACAAGCAUUUCUCAAAAGAUGCACUACAUUAUCACCAAUUUUGAGUAUCACUAUCUCAUGGCCACAAUCCAUCAGACAACAAGUCGUUGUCGCUCCUGGUACAACCGUAAGAGUGGUGAGAUAGAGGGUGUGAGCUCUAGUCUCGCUCUAUCAGUAGAGGCAAGUCGCUCAACCUUGGUAUUUUUAGGCACAGCUGUGCGAGAAUUGGCAUGUGAGUCUUUCUGGUUGAUGAUAUUCUAUCCCAUCAAUGCCGUAUUGACAGUGUUCUGUAACAUAUUGCUGAACCCACUGGACACACGCGCAGAGGCCGACCUCAAGCUUCUUGGAACUGCUCCGGAACUCAUCAAAACUAUGAAUUUUCGGCGACAUACUAUUGGUGAAGUCAUACACAUAAAGAUGAUUGAAGAUUUUGUGGCAGAGUUAGUUAGGCUUGGGUCGUGCGCCAUACAGAAAGCUCGACAAACCCAGCAUUUCGAAGCACAGAACCCUGAAGAAUUAUGCCUAGGGGGUAUACUUUAA